AUGCGCCCCGCGCCCGCGCUGGCCCUGGCCGCGCUCUGCCUGCUGGCGCUGCCCGCCGCCGCCGCCGCCGCCUACUUCGGCCUGACCGGGCGGGAAGUCCUGACACCAUUCCCAGGACUGGGCACCGCGGCGGCCCCCGCGCAGGGUGGGGCCCGCCUGAAGCAGUGUGACCUGCUGAAGCUGUCCCGCCGGCAGAAGCAGCUCUGUCGACGGGAGCCCGGCCUGGCGGAGACCCUGCAGGAGGCUGCACACCUCAGCCUGCUCGAGUGCCAGUUCCAGUUCCGGCAUGAGCGCUGGAACUGCAGCCUGGAGGGGAGGACGGCCCUGCUCAAGAGAGGUUUCAAGGAGACGGCCUUCCUGUACGCGGUGUCCUCGGCCGCCCUCACGCACACUCUGGCCCGGGCCUGCAGCGCUGGGCGCAUGGAGCGCUGCACCUGCGAUGACUCUCCGGGCCUGGAAAGCCGGCAGGCCUGGCAGUGGGGCGUGUGCGGUGACAACCUCAAGUACAGCACCAAGUUCCUGAGCAACUUCCUGGGUCCCAAGAGAGGAAGCAAAGACCUGCGAGCACGGGCAGAUGCCCACAACACCCAUGUGGGCAUCAAGGCCGUGAAGAGUGGCCUCAGGACUACAUGUAAGUGCCAUGGCGUGUCGGGCUCCUGCGCCGUGCGCACCUGCUGGAAGCAGCUCUCCCCCUUCCGCGAGAUGGGCCAGGUGCUGAAGCUGCGUUACGACUCAGCUGUCAAGGUGUCCAGUGCCACCAAUGAGGCCUUGGGCCACCUGGAGCUAUGGGCACCUGCCAGGCCGGGCAGCCCCACCAAGGGCCUGGCCCCCCGACCCGGGGACCUCGUCUACAUGGAGGACUCCCCCAGCUUCUGCCGGCCCAGCAAGUACUCGCCGGGCACGGCGGGCAGGGUGUGCUCCCGGGAGGCCAGCUGCAGCAGCCUGUGCUGCGGGCGGGGCUAUGACACCCAGAGCCGCCUGGUGGCCUUCUCCUGCCACUGCCAGGUGCAGUGGUGCUGCUACGUGGAGUGCCAGCAGUGCGUGCAGGAGGAGCUCGUGUACACCUGCAAGCAUUAGGCCUGCUGCCCAGUGUGCCAGCCGGGAAGCCAGGACCUCCCGCGGCCCCUGGUCAGUUUGAGGCCACCCAGCUGUCCAGCCGGCCCCUCCGGGCAAGUACAUACAGCGUGCGUGCACUCACUGAUGUACGCACCAGUGCACACCUUCUCCUCUCUCCACCGGGUCUCGGUAACCUUUUCCUCCCUCAACACUCAGCAAAGAGAGGUGGGGGCCCCACCCCUGACCCCGAGGAUCCCCAGCCUUGUUGAGGACUUGGAGCAGGAGGGCAGAGUAGAAAGGAUGUGGAGGGAAAUAAGGGAGACCAGGAGGAGGGCAGGACUGAGGGUUUGGAGGGGAGAAAGGGGACAUCUCGUCAUCUCGAGUGCUGGGUGAGUGGUCUAGAGCCAGCAACAAGUCGGGAGGUGAGCUCUGGGCCAAGAAGGCACAAGGAGGCAGUGUCAGCUGGAAGCAAGGGCUGGAGUCUGGCUGGGAUGGCUCAGUCCAGGCCUCAGGCCCUGCUCAGGUGGCAGUGAGCCCUGGGGCCAUACACCCUCACUACCCUGUGGCUUUGCUGUACGGGAGAAGGGGGAAGGCCAGGUGGGAGGAACCGUUGGUUUGGAGAAAGAAAGGUUUGGGCCUGAGUAGACCCAAGUAGGUUAUGUGCCCUGGAGCCCUGUGUCCUUGAUUUGGUUUUUAAAAUAUGCCUGCAUGGAGGCUUCACCAUUGUCUCGAGAGCUGAGCGGAGGCCAGACAAGCAGGGAGGGCCGGUCCCCAGGGUGGGGCGCAGAUAGUUCACCGAGGUUGCACAGGGAGACAGUGACCUCUCCCCAUUUUCCCUGUGACAUGUAAUCUUUAGUCCCAGGCCAGGAGAGGGUGACAGCCCCCUGGUGCCAGGGAGGGACACGGGGAGCUCAGUUUCUGUCUUCCCUUGAGCCCACUUUGGUCAGCUCCCAGUGGCUGGGAUCCCCCUGUGAGGCCCCAAUACAGCUGACAUUCAUUACAGGAGAGUUAGUUUAUGAUUCUGAUUCUGGUUACAUUUCUACUCUCAUAGCUACUCAUCUAGUUAAGGGUUUUUUUUCCAGGCUGGAGUUAUAGGCAUAGGAAACUCUUUGCUAAGCCCAGCUCCUUGGGGGCCCCCUUCAUUUACUAAUGGCCCCCUGCUUUGGCUUUUACCUGAAAAUAGAAGUGACUUUACUAAUUUCCUCUGAUCCUGUGGACAUUUCCAGUGCUACCUACCAAGGCUCUGUGUGGGAGGAGCAGAGAGAAACUGGUACACACACACACACACACACACAGACACACACACACAGACACACACAUAUGCAGGCACACACACUCCUUGGGCCUGCCAGGCUGAGGGUUCCUGUUUAGCAGCACACACCUCUCUGGUGCAGGACCAAGACCUUGCAGGGGUCACUUUGCUGGAGGCUGCGUGCUUCCCCAGAGCAGGGCCCGAUGCCAGCCAGGAGGAAGUGACCUCCUUCUGGAAGCUUUUGGCCGCUUUGCCGGCCCCACCGCGCCCUCUGUCAGCUUCCUUUCUCCCUGAACCCAGAGUUGCUGACCCUCUACUGAAACAGGAAACUUCAGGCUCCCUGAGACCUCCAAGGGUGUGCAGGAGCUGCCCUGUCUUCAGUGGAUCAGGAUGAUCCUACAAGAUGCUGGAAGGAUCUUUGGCUGCAGAGGCUCUGAGGAGAAGCCAAACUGACCUGAGACCCCUCUCUAGACUGACUCUGCUGACCCAAGCAGCUGGCCCACGUCUUGGCAGGAAGAGCAAAAAGGAGAGAGCACUGGUUUUCUAGUUUCUUCCACUCCUCGACUGCAUGGAGACUUUCUCUCUGCCAGCUCCAUCCAUCUUGCUCCUCUGAGACCGCAGCUCUGCCUCCACUCAGGCUCAGCACUUGGCAAAAGGCGGCGGAGGCCUAUCUGGCAGGAAGAGGGGGCCUGACCCACCAACACGGCACCCACAUCCCAAGUCCAUGACCGUCAGUGCUGGGGUUGCAGGAGGAUAAAGGGCAGACUCUGAGGGACCGAGGCCCGGGCUGGCCACUAACACUGACUAGGUCAAUGGCAUGGGUGCAGGCUCAGAGGGCCCCUCGGCCUGUGGGGUCCUCCCUGUCCAGCCCUCUCCCUCUCUUCUCCUUCCUUGCUCCCACCCCUUUCUCUUCCAGUUGCCCCCGUAGGUCCAUCUCAGCCCUGCUAGGGCCCCUGGGGACCAGUGACCACUGACCCUUCAUUCUACAGCUUUAAGGGAAACACUCACAGGGUAUUUUUUGUCUACCUCACAUAUAUAGUAUUUAGGGCAAAAGAGAAUAAUUUAUAUAGCUAAGAUAUAUGAGAAAAUAUUUAUGUUAUUUAUAUAGUUUCUAUAUUCCAUGGGCAGCACCUGUGGGGUCUGUGUUCUGCCGGAAGCCAUCUCUCUGGGGAGAUACAGCCUGGCCUGACUGGGGCGGCCCACUGACCUGGACACCAGGUGACUGGGCAGAAGGUCGCACAGGCUCCCGUGUCCUGUGACCAGGUCUGUCUUGGAGCUGGUGAGCACGCAUCCCCUUCAUGCAUGAGCCCUGGUGGGCUCCAUCUGGAUCCUCCUUGUGAAGUCUUUGUAAAUUCUCUGCUGUUCCGAGUCCCAGGCUCCCUCUUCUGCUCUGGCAAAAUUGGCUUGUUCAUAAUAAUAAUGACAACAAGGAUGACCACACCUUGCAUUUGUAAAGCACUUUUGAUCUUCGGAAACACUUUUGUCCCUUAAAUGUCACUUGAUUUCCCCAUUAUCCCUGUGAGGUAGGUGGGGCCACAUUACUGUGCCUAUUUCACAGAUGCUGCCGAGAGCUGGAGGGCUGUGCUCAAAGUCACACUGGAGAUCUUCAUUCAAUGAACAUUUCCUGAACUUCUACGUGGGCCAGGCGCCAUGGGGGCUGACUUACCUUGGGCCUGGGAGCCCCAAAGCCUGGAUACACCCUGAGCCCAAGAACCCAGGGAAGUGGCUGCUUCCCCGGCUGUGUUUGACCCUGGCCUUUCGGAUCUGGAUGGCAGAUUGGCAUUUUCCCAAGUGGAGUCCUGGGUCUUAGCGGCUGGAACUCCCUGAGAGGCCUGGAGAGACAAGGAUCCCUUGGAGGCCACUCCAGGGGCUCCACCUUCCGGCUCGCCCUCCUUCUGCCCACGCUCCGAGAGGGUCUGGCUAAUCACAGGGCCCCUCCCAGCCCACUGAUGGGUUUUGUUUGCUCUCAUUUGUGUUUUUCUUUUAAAAAUGAAUUGUUUCCCAUUGGC